UGCCGGCCCUGGACCCGGCGCGUCGUUUGUGCGUGUGCGCUGCUGCUGCAGUCACUUCAAACGAAAUUUCGUAGCGACGCCUCCUCUUCGGAGUCUUUUCGCGGAGGACUUCAAUUCGGGGCACAGAGGAGUCGUUCGUUCGGCGAACCUCGCCCUGCGGUGCUUGCUCCACUCGAGCUACUUGCCAGGUUAGGGUAAGUCAUGCCAUUCCAUGCUGGCGCUGAUCUGGAGCGGUUCUCCUUUUCGGUAACUAAUCGUGAUUUGAUGGAAUUCUCUGGCUCCCAUGUGGAAUGAGCAAGUGCCAAGCGUGGGAGGGAGGCCGAGGACGGGUGUGCUUCGCCUUCUGUUGGCUAGCGUGUCCUUGUAGCGUGGCCUACUUAUGUUAGAGACACGGCCAGAGAGAGUAGCACACUGAAGAGAGGUGGACAGGGAGGAAGGCUAUUGAGAAAAAGCAGAUUGAAGCAAAGUGGGCAGUUCAACGGUGUUGAAUAUUUUUGAGUUGGUUUUGCUCUGUGUCUACCGGUAAAUCCUUUAUCAAUUGACUCACGUAAGUUUCCUUUCGAAGGUAGAGGUUAUCUCUCAGCUCAUCUGUCAGAGAUGGCCAAAAAGGUUGGAGUUUUGUUGUUCAUCGAUUUGCAGCCACUUCCGGACUCAGUGGAGCAAUGGGUUAAGAAGACAUAUCACGCUGAACUGUCUGGCGGAGCCACAUUGCAAAUCGUAUUCAAUACUCAAGAGGCUUGCAAGCUUGAUGUUGGGACAUCAGUGGAGGCAGUGGUAUCAUUGAUGCAUACACCAGGCCGUCAUUCUCCAUCAUUUCUGGCGGAGGUUGCUCGUGUUCUCAAUCCUGGUGGCUCCUUCUUGGUUCUAGAACCGCUUCUUGUUGAAACCCAAGAACAGAAGUAUUCUAGCACUCAAACAAACGCUGGAUUGGAGCGGAAUUUGCUGCUUGCAGGCUUUGUGAAUUCUGAAGUGGACUUUGUAACCGGAGUAGAGAUUGCUAAAGCAUGUACGACCAGUUCUGUUGCCUUGAAUCUUGUUGCGGUGAAAUCUAAGAAGCCUUCUUGGGACUCGGCAUCUGUAUUCCAACUCAGGAAGGGCUCUAGCCAGAAAGGUCGUGCCAGGACAAAUGGAAAUCAUCAACCCGUGAAGUUUACUGCUGGGGAUGUGAUGGACGAUGUUCUGUCAAUGAGCAAGUCAGUAGUCAAAUUGGAUCUUACAAGUAAUUUUAAAGAUGAUGACGAGGAACUUAUUGACGAGGAUGAUCUUCUUACAGAGGAAGACUUGAAGGCACCUGAGAUACCUAAGGCAGAGAGCUGUGCUCCUACCAAAAAGGCAUGCAAAAACUGUACUUGCGGUCGUGCAGAACUUGAAGAGAAGGAAGAAGAGACUAAACUUACAGCUGCCCAAAUCAACAACCCCACAUCUUCUUGCGGCAGUUGUGGACUAGGAGAUGCAUUCCGUUGUGCCGGAUGUCCAUACAGGGGCAUGCCUACCUUCAAACUUGGAGAGAAGAUUACUCUUGGAGAGUCAUGGUUGGUGGCUGACGCAUGAUGUACGUUUGUCCCAAGUUAUGACAAGUGCAGCCACGGAAGGUUAGGUUUAGAUCCGAGUCAGGGAGAUUGUUUGCCACCAAUUUUGACCUCGAUGAUCAUAUUGAACUUGGAUGGAGCGAUCAUCGUUAUUACCCAUUCGCGGUUUGUAGUCAGGCAGCGAUGAUUUUUUUAAGAGGAUUAGCGAUAAAUUCUUUAGAGGACUGAAGCCAGUUGUCACCCGCUGUGGCAUGAGGGAUUAAUGUACCAUCUUAUGUCGUAAUCUCCUGUCAUGUUUCUUGUAGACAUCUGCUGCCCGACUUAAUUGACCGUCGUGCCUCAAAUCUCUGGCGAAGAUGGUCAUUUCCGCAUCCAAAUAUCAAAGUGAAUUCAUAGUACGGUCCUCAUCUUUAAAAUGAAUUUAUUACAUCACUCUGAGCAUUA